AUGAUUAUAUCACAUUUUCCAAAAUGUGUGGCCAUUUCUGCCCUCUUUGUCCUGAGUGUUGGUGCACUGGAUACUUUUAUUGCUGCAGUGUAUGAGCAUGCUGUUAUCUUACCAAACAGAACAGAAACACCUGUUUCAAAAGAAGAAGCUUUAUUCCUGAUGAACAAGAAUAUAGAUGUUUUGGAGAAAGCAGUCAAGCUGGCAGCCAAGCAGGGUGCACAUAUCAUUGUGACACCAGAAGAUGGAAUCUAUGGUUGGGUAUUCACCAGGGAGAGCAUUUACCCUUAUCUGGAGGAUAUACCAGACUCUGAAGUGAACUGGAUUCCAUGUAGAGAUCCUCAAAGGUUUGGCUACACACCAGUGCAAGAAAGACUCAGCUGCCUGGCCAAGGACAACUCCAUCUAUGUUGUGGCAAAUAUUGGGGACAAGAAGCCAUGCAAUGCCAGUGACCCUCAAUGUCCUCCCGAUGGUCGUUACCAAUACAACACGGAUGUGGUGUUUGAUUCUGAGGGUAGGCUGGUGGCACGCUACCAUAAGUACAAUCUUUUUGCACCUGAAAUUCAAUUUGAUUUCCCCAAAACAUCAGAAGUUGAGACUUUUGACACUCCCUUUGGGAAGUUUGGAAUUUUCACUUGCUUUGACAUUUUUUCUCAUGACCCAGCUGUGGUGGUGGUGGACAAGUUUCAAGUCGACAGUGUUAUCUACCCCACAGCGUGGUACAACACGCUGCCCCUUCUCUCGGCUGUUCCAUUCCAUUCUGCAUGGGCCAGAGCCAUGGGAGUCAAUCUGCUUGCUGCAAAUACCCACAACACCAGCAUGCACAUGACAGGGAGUGGUAUCUAUGCCCCAGAAGCAGUCAAGGUAUAUCACUAUGACAUGGAAACAGAGAGUGGUCAGCUGAUGCUCUCAGAAUUGAAGUCUCGGCCUCGCCGUGAACCCACCUAUCCUGCAGUUGUUGACUGGGGUGCAUAUGCUGAAAGUAUGAAGCCAUUCUCGUCUGAGCAGUCACAUUUUCCAGGGCUGAUUUAUUUUGAUGAGUUCACCUUCACCGAGCUUAAGAGAAACACAGGAAAUUACACAGUGUGCCAGAAAGACCUGUGUUGUCACUUGACUUACAAGAUGUCUGAGAAGCGAACAGAUGAGGUCUAUGCACUAGGUGCUUUUGAUGGACUGCACACAGUAGAAGGCCAAUAUUACUUACAGGUGUGCACAUUACUGAAGUGUCAAACCACUGACCUGAGAACUUGUGGGCAGCCAGUGGGGUCAGUUUUUACCAAGUUUGAAGAAUUCUCCCUCAGUGGCACAUUUGGAACCAGUUAUGUUUUCCCGCAGCUCAUUCUAAGUGGGAGUCAGCUUGCCCCUGAAAGACAUUAUGAGGUUUCAAGAGAUGGACGUCUAAGGGGCCGAAGUGGAGCCCCUUUGCCUGUCUUAGUUAUGGCUCUGUAUGGAAGAGUGUUUGAGAAGGACCCUCCACGCUUAGGGCAGGGACCUGGGAAAUUGCAAUGA